AUGCUUGGUCUAAAGGGUGUCGCGACCUUCGCAACAGCGGCCACGCUACUGCACAAGGUUGCUGCCAGAGCGGUCUUUGCACAUUACAUGGUUGGUACGGUGACGCAAGAACACGCGCAAAAGGACAUCGAUGAUGCCAAGGCCCUCGGGUUCGAUGGUUUCGCCCUCAACAUCGGCGAUGCCACCCAAGACUUUGUGUCGGACACGUUGUCGUACAUGUUUCCGUAUGCAGAGUCCGUCGGGUUCAAGCUCUACAUCAGCAUGGAUGUCUAUGCUUCUGGUGAUGCUUGCUACAAGAAGAAGACGUCCUGCAAUGGGCCUUUCGACUAUCAAUGGGUCUGGGACGGAUACAAAGCCAGCUCUGCAUAUUACCAGAUUGACGGGAAGGCUCUGAUCAGCAAAUGGAAAAACGGUCUUGCGAACGACAUGUUCUUCAUGCCAGACUUUGACGAGACGGACGGUUACUACGAGGCUGCUGAUGCCUGGUGGGACUACUGGGGCAAUGUCGUCGACGGUAUCUUCAGCUGGGAGACUUCCUGGCCCGAGAGGAAAGGCUUUGGUGGCCUAACUGCUGGAGACGUUAGUGUAGAUGUCUUGCCUAUGGCCGGAGCCCACAAUCGCAGCAAGCCAUACAUGAUGGGUUUGAGUCCUCUUCAGUAUAAGAAUGCGUACGGUGCAAAUGUCUACCGGCAAGGUGAUUUAAACCUUGUUAAGCGCAUGGAUAAUAUCCUGAAUAUGGACCCGCAGCCGGAUUAUGUCCAGUUCAUCACCUGGAAUGACGGGCCCGAAAGCCACUACAUUGGAAACCUGUGGACGGAGCAGAAUAACGACACGCAACCGUGGUUCUACGCAAACCAAGAAUUCUGGCCCCACACAGCCUGGCAGCCUCUUAUGGCAUCUUUUAUCGAAGCAUACAAAAAUGGAAAGAAGUCUACGGAGAUGGCACCACCGACUGGUCAGGUGGCUGGCGCUAUGUGGUAUAAGACUAUUCUUGUUGACUCAGUGGACUGUGGCUAUGAGUUAGCAGGCCAGUACUACGAAAAGCCCGACGGUUUUACGGCUGGAGUCGACGACGUCUGGUGGUCGGUCAUUCUGAGUCCUGACGCUGGUACGGGGUGGAAAGUCAAGAUCAGUGGCGAGGUCGACCAUGAGGGCGCACUUCACGCCGGACUCAACUGGGGAAACAGCGCGAACAAAGUGUCCGGAGCCCAGCUCCUCCAAGUCAUCAACCCCUCGGGGGAGGUGGUCAUGUCCGCCACCGGAGGGCUCUGUGUCGAUACUGGGUGCCCCAACCUCAUCUACAACUCCAACUAUCAGGUCAUACCCCUGGAGGAGGGGAGCAAGUCCAAGCAAUGUACCGCCAUCUCCAAGGCCGAGGACACCACUUGCAGCGGUACCAGUUGCAAGAGCACGGUCUUCGAUGGAAAUGGGCCGUCGGCCUGGCGCAACGUCGACUGCACUUGGUAUACCGUCGAGAAUGCAUCCUACAAUGCAGCGACCCGCUGGAACACAAUCUUCACGGAGUCUGCGUGGGCUGACCUGAAUCAAUACUGGUUGAGUCACCCGCACGAAGGAGAACUAAACUACACCAAUGAGAUCAGCAACCUAGUCCACGGCCCCGAGCACAUGGACUGUUCAAAGAUGGCAGACAGUGUGGGCUGCGACAGUUUCGUCCAAUGUGACGAUGUGAACCAUCCAGCGGGCUACUUCAUCCUCAACGGAUACGUAUCUAUCCACAAUUUCUUCUGGAACACACACACCGCACUCACAAGAGUUCAAGCUUCCGUGACCAACCAAAUUGGAGAUCUGACGACGACGUUUGCCGAGUUCCCUUCCUCAACCCUCACCGAUAACCUUGUCAUGGACUUCCUUGGCCUCGGGUUUGCGCUGUUCACCAGUCCCAUCUUCAACUAUGCACUUACCAAGAUACCGUACUACUCGGAGAACCCCCUUCAACUAAGCAACCUCAAGGACACUAUCAAUGCAUUGGUAGCAAACGGAGUCACUAUCAUCAAAGAUGUGAUUGCUACGGACUCCACGCCCCUAGAACUCGGAGUCGAGAACACGCUCGAAAAAAGGCUAGACACGAUCGUCCAAGUCUGGUACAGCACCAUUGACAGCAUGAACGAAAGCCUGUUCAACGGGACCUCUAACAGCAUUGAUAUUCUCCAUGACCUGGUGACCGACGGCAAGCUACUGGAAACCAGCUUCGACACACCCAGCGACUCGGACAUCGCUGCAAUGGUGGAGAAGGCCAUAUUCGGCCUGCUGAUUCCACUGACUUGGACUCUUUCGCCCGACACUCACAAUGCUGUGGUGGUUGAUUCGCAGUCAACAUGCGACACAUCCAACCCACUCUCCUCCUACAUCUCCAGCAGCGUGGCCAAGUCGGGAUACGUGUGCUACAAUAACAACAUCUACUACCUCGUGGAUGUGGUGAGCCUUGAUCGGUACUGUCAGUCGAACUCCCAGGGCGGGCAGCUCUGUCGCGAUCCGACCGUGAACAAACUUCCAGGGGUCGGGGAGCUGGAUGGAAGCAGCUGGGGAGGAGUCACUGUUGAGGAUUUGGUCGUUGGUGCCUUGAAUACGUGGACGCAGAUGGGCAAUACCUCCAGCUUCCUUAACCCAAGCGAUAUCGGCGCCCUCGAUGAUAUCUUCGAUCAGGGAAUUCGGUCUGCUGGGGUGGUUCAUAUCCCUGUGGGGACGAUCUCGGAGCUCAAGAAAACCAUCGAUUAG